AUGAUUAGUGUAACGGCUAUGAAUCGUACUGCAAUGUUGCUGAGACAUCUUCGCACAUUCUCCACAUCAUCCAAACUUGCAGAAAAGAUCAAAGUAAAAAAUCCAAUUGUUGAAUUAGACGGAGACGAAAUGACAAGAAUAAUCUGGCAUAAAAUCAAAGAAGAGUUAAUUCAUCCUUAUUUGGAUGUUGAUUUAAAGUACUAUGACUUGGGUAUUGAAUCUCGUGAUGCGACAAAUGAUCAAAUCACUAUAGAUGCAGCUCAUGCUAUUCAAAAAUAUGGUGUUGGUGUCAAAUGUGCUACUAUCACGCCAGAUGAGGCUAGAGUCAAAGAGUUUGGAUUGAAGAAGAUGUGGCUCUCGCCAAAUGGUACAAUCAGAAACAUUCUUGGUGGUACUGUGUUUAGAGAAAGUAUCAUAAUUCCGUGUGUUCCCAGAUUAAUUCCUGGUUGGGAAAAGCCAAUUGUUAUAGGUAGACAUGCAUUUGGAGAUCAGUAUAAAGCUACUGACUUGGUUAUCAAAGAACCAGGUACUUUGGAAUUACGAUUCACUCCGGAAAAUGGCGGAAAAGUUGAAACUCAUACCGUAUACAAGUAUUCCGGUGCUGGCGUUGGAUUAGCCAUGUAUAAUACAGAUGAAUCGAUUCGAGGUUUUGCUCACGCAUCAUUCAAAAUGGCCUUGAACAAGAACCUUCCAUUAUAUAUGUCUACCAAAAACACCAUCUUAAAAAAGUAUGAUGGUAGGUUCAAAGACAUUUUCCAGGAAAUCUACGAGAAUGAAUACCAGCAACAGUUUGAGAAAAAGGGUUUAUGGUACGAGCAUAGGUUGAUUGAUGAUAUGGUUGCCCAAAUGAUCAAGUCAAAAGGCGGGUUCGUUAUGGCGUUGAAAAAUUAUGACGGUGAUGUUCAAUCUGAUAUUGUUGCCCAAGGCUUUGGUUCAUUGGGGUUGAUGACUUCAGCAUUAAUGACACCAGAUGGAUCAGCUUAUGAGUCGGAAGCUGCCCAUGGCACUGUAACAAGACAUUUCAGACAACAUCAACAAGGCAAGGAAACCUCAACAAAUUCGAUUGCUUCUAUUUUUGCAUGGACAAGGGGUCUUGCUCAGCGUGGGAGAUUAGACAAUACUCCCGAAGUUGUUAGUUUUGCAGAUAAACUAGAAAAGGCAACUAUUGAUACUGUCCAAGAAGAUAGAAUAAUGACUAAAGAUUUAGCUUUGGCAAUGGGCAAAACUGACAGAUCAAGCUAUGUCACUACUACUGAAUUUUUAGACGCUGUGGCAAGUAGAUUGAGGAAAUGA